AACACCAACACACUUGGGAAUAAUGAAGGGACUAGCAGUGGAUUUCUCUUUUGCGCUUCUUCUCCUGGUGGAUUUGGUUCUGGCUCUCGCCGCGCAGCCUUUCCCUGGCAUGCACCCUGACGCACUGCUCCGUGGGAUGAACAGCGGCUCCAGACGCACCGUGCAGCGGCAAAAGACCAGCAGGCUGCCCCUCUACAUGAUGCAGCUCUACCGGACCAUGCUGUCCGAGGACCGGGCCCGGACUCCGGCUGACACCGUGAGCCACACCGAGGACAACCCCGGCCUGCAUGACUCCGACUCUGUCAUCAGCCUUGUCGCUAAAAAUUGCCAGCAGAUCGGCAAGAGGUGGUCCGUCAUCUUUGACCUGUCCUCCAUGUCUGCAAGCGACAAUGUCCAACUGGCUGAACUUCGCAUCCGCCUGCCUGCUUUCACCGAGUCCUCCAGAGCCUCAGUGGACAUCUACCACUCCCACAGAGACCAGUGCUCCGGCAUACACUGCCAAGGAAACAGGUUGUUCCUGGGCCGCUUGAGAGCUCCUCCCAGUUCCGUGGUCUCUCCCUCCUCCUGGAAGGUGUUCAACAUGACAGAGAUACUCCGUCACUGGCUGCAGCAGGAACACGCCACACAGAGGCCAGAAGAGGUUGAUCCUGAGGUGAGGGAUGAUGAUGAGGAGGAGGAGAAGCAGCAGGAGGGAGUCCAACAUCCUACAGCUGACCGGGUCAUGAUGGUGGUCUUCUCCAGGCAGAACCCUAACAGCCAGCGAAUGCCGACUCUCAUCCGCACAGCGGAGCACUCCAAGUAUGUCAGCCUGGACAGAGAGCGAGUGACGGCUGGCUCUGGCUCAAGGUUGAGGAGCCACAGAACCAAGAGGCACCACCACAACCAACAGCAGAGCCAGAGAGUGGCAGGAGCUGCUCCAGCCAGCAAGCCCACAGAGGAGGAGAAGGGUCCUCUGUGCAGAAAGGUGGACAUGUGGGUUGACUUUGAGAAGAUCGGCUGGAGCGAGUGGAUUGUCUAUCCCAAAAGGUACAACGCCUAUCGCUGUGAGGGGAGCUGUCCUACACCAGUAGACGAGACCCUCACCCCGACCAACCAUGCAUACAUGCAGAGCCUAUUGAAACUUCACCACCCACACAAGGUGCCAUGUCUGUCCUGUGUGCCCACACGCCUGGCGCCGCUUUCCAUGUUGUACUUUGAGAAUGGGAAGAUGGUCAUGAGGCAUCACCAGAACAUGGUUGUGGAGGAGUGCGGCUGUCACUGAGCAAAAGCUAAAAAUCUGUUGUUUAAAGAUCCAAGAAACUGUUGCAAAUUGGCACAGAAGAAUCUUACAACUGCAGAACUGAGCUGCUCAGAGGCAUAAAGUGGAUGGAUGUCCACAGGCACUUUACAGAGACACUGGGACAGAGGCUGUUGCUGUGAUGCAGGACCAGAAAGAAGGGAACUCCUGUAUAUGAUGGACAUUGCUCUCUAAAUUAUGGAUUUUAAAAAUUAAGUUAUAAAUUGUUGGUACUUUUUGCAGAUUAGGUGAUCCAAGUUGUGCCUUAGAUAAAUAACACUAUGCAAGAUUGCAAGUAUAUUCAAGGUAAAAAGGACUGAAUAGAAAAAAAAAACAACAUCUAGACAAAAGCACAACAUGGUCACAGACUGAAGCACUAUAGAACAUUUUAAAAACAGUUGUACAUGAAAGGUAUUAAUGUACAAACUUCUUCUUCAUGCUUGAAGGGUAAAGUUUUUAAUGCCGUUGAAAUGACAAAUGCAAAUGUCAGAAUGGUGUAAGCGCUUUGA